AUGGACUACUCGCUGGCGGCGUUGAAGCUGUUCGCCUCGCAGCUGGCAGGAUCCACGACGGCCCCCUCCUCCGAGGGCUCCUCCCCGGCACAGAUGCUCUUCAGCAUCCGCUUCCAGCGCGCCUGGAUCCAGGGUGUGGUGGUGCGCGCGGACUACAGCUUCGACGACGGGAGGCUGUUCGUGGAUGACGGCUCCUGCGUCACCGAGCUCAUGCUCCGGCCCGAGGAUGCCAAGGGCCAUCCGUGGCACCCAGGGAUGUAUGUGCUGAUUACUGGGGCAUAUAUUGCACCCCAGUCAACGGAAAGUCUACCGAUGGUCAAGGCGCACAAGAUAGUGGAUCUCUCAACACAGCCGGACCGUGAAGCAAUGUGGUACAUGGAAGUCGCCGAGGCGUACAACUUAUUCUACAAGGCUGAUGCCUCUGGUUUUGGCUUACCAUCAUGA